AUGGCAAGCCACCGAACUCGCGCUAGGGUUACUGGCGCCCCGGACUAUGAUCGUCCCGACUUUUGGGAUGUCAGAUUCGCGACCGGCCAGGAUGUCGGCGAAUGGCUCAAUUCCGGCGAAGCUUUGAUUGAGGCUGUCUUGGCGGACUUGGAGAACCGUUCUGACUUUGAUGCUCAGACGCCACGGGUCUUGCAUCUCGGGCCGGGAGUGUCGAGGCUAGGCUCGAAAUUACGAGAUGCUUGUGUCCAGCGCCAGUGGAAAGGGAGUGGUAUCGUGAAUGUGGAUUUUUCCGCCGAAGCUGUUCGUCUUGGUCAAGAUGCCGAGAACCAGUUAGCUGGCGACCAGGCCAUGGCUUGGCACCGUGCUGACCUGCUCUCAUGGGAUGAUGUUUCCGGCGUGUCUCAAUUUGCCCCGUUUGACGUGAUUGUCGACAAAAGUACGAGCGACGCGAUCGCGACUUCUGACGAUCAAGUGCUUACCGCGACCGAUGACAUGUCGCGUGUAUGCCCACCAGUGAGAGACAUUCUCUCUCAAAAUUCCUCCAUCGCUCUGUCACCGGUGGAUUUACUUGCUUUGCAUCUUGUGCCAUUGAGCCGGAAAGACACUACAUGGAUUGUAAUGUCAUACUCGGGCGUCCGAUUUGAUAAUCGCCCAUUUCUCGACAAAUAUUGGUCGCUGCGAUCGCGCAUCCCUGUGAAAGCACCCGCUGGGCCCGUGUCGACCUCUGCUUAUACCCCCGAGGUCUUCCAUUGGCUAUACAUCUUGGACCGGAAGUAA